ACCACUAGAGAGUAAAAAAAUGAAACCGGAAAAGAAGAUCAAAAUAAAAGAAGUGAAACAAGAAGCUCCAGUGAAAGAUAAAAAAGUUAAAGUACCUAAAGUUGAAGAAAAAGUGAAGAAACAGCUUAAGAUUACAAAGCCGGAGAAAAACGAAGAAGAAGCCAAGAAACCAGAAAGAAAACCUCAAGAAGACAAAGUGAAGGCAAAGAUUCAAGUAAAGAAAGCACAUGAGAAACUCAAGACUGAAACAGAACAGAGAGAUAAAAAGAGCGACAAGAAGGAGCACAGUGAACAGAAGCCUGAGAAAACAAGCAAAAAGGAAGUAAAAGUGAAAGAUACCAAAGAAGUGAAGCAAAAAACAAAGGAUAAAGAUCAGUAUCAGUUCUGUCGCUAUGUGAUUGACAUGUACACUCUCGGGAAUAUAUAUCCAGGACGUUCGUCAGUUACUGAUGUCACUCCAGCUCCAGAACUUGUAAAGAAACCUCCUGCAAAGAAACCUCCCAGCAAGCAACCUCCUAGAUCACCUGCUCAAGAGGUGAAGGAUGCUGUUCCAACUAAACAUAAAGAGAUUAAAAAACCAGAAGUGGCUUCCAAAUUAAAAGCAGCUUCUACACCUCCGACAAUCAAACCAGAGUCAGUUAAAGAGAAGCCAGUUACUCCAUCAAAGGAAACAGCAAAGAAGACAUUAUCUCCUCCUGCUAUCAGAGAAACUAAAGUUAAACAGAAGGAUGCUGAUCAAGGGAUCAAAAAGGAAGACACUACGAAGAAACACAAAAUUUCUGCUGUUGUAUCAGUGAAAGAAAAGAAAGAGAUCAAAACUACAGCAGCAGUGAAAACAGCCAAAGAUCUGGAAGAAGGGAAAGUAAAGAAACAGAAACACGUAACUGCUACGCCUGCUGAAAAAGAGAAAGUAAAGAAACAGAAACCCACCACUGCUGCCUCUGUUGAAAAGGGGAAAGUAAAGAAACAGGAACCCACCACUUCUGAAAAAGAAAAAGGAAAACAACAGAUGGCAGCUGCUGCUGUGAAAGAAAAAGAUGAGAAGAAGAAACCUACAGUUGCAGCAAAAGCUAAAGCUACUAAAGAAAAAGCCCCAGAAAUGGAGAAAAAGAAAACUGCAGCUUCUGAUAAGGCAAAGAAAGAACCAGUGAAAAAGAAAGCUGUGGCUUCUGAUAUGGCAAAGAAAGAACCUGUGAAAAAGAAAGCUGCAGUUUCUGACACGGCAAAAAAAGAACCUGUGAAACAGAAAGCUACAGCUUCUGAUAUGGCGAAAAAAGAACCAGUAAAAAAGGAAGCUUUGGCUUCUGGUACGGCCAAGAAAGAACCAGUGAAACAGAAAGCCGCAGCUUCUGAUAUGGCAAAGAAAGACUCAAAGAAAGAAAAAAUAAAGACUUCAAAAGAGAAAGUUCACCCAUCAAAAGACAAAGAAAAAAAAAUAGAAAAAGAAGAGCAAAGAAAACCUUCAACCAAGCCAAAGGUGAAAGAGCCAGAAAAGCUACAAAAACCAAAAUCAGCUCUGACAACGAAAACAAAAGAGGCUGAAACUAUGAAGAAAGAGAAACCAAAGCCUGCAGAGAAAGAGGCUGUUACUGUGAAGCAAGUGAAACCAAAGCCUACAGAAAAAGAGGCAGAACCUGUGAAGCAAGUGAAACAGAAACCUGCAGAGAAAGAGGCAGAAAAAAUAAGGAAAGUGAAACCAAAAGCUACAGAGAAAGUGGUAAAGCCUGAAGUAACAAAGACAGAAAAAAUAAAGCAAGUGAAAUCAAAACCUCAGGAAAAAGAGACAGAAAGGAUAAAGGAAGUGAAAUCAAAACCUCAAGAAAAAGAGGCAGAAAUGAUGAAGCAUGUGAAACGAAAAUCUACAGAGAAAGCCAUUACAACAAAGCAAAAGGCAGCACAGAAACUCUCUCCAUCCAAAGCAGCAAGUGUGAAGACUACAACUAAAACAGAGACGCCUGCUGUUGCUAAACCAGAAAAGAUUCAACAUGAAAAAGAAGACAAAGUUCCCAAAGCAGCAAAGGCACCAAGACAAAGUUCUGUCGCAGAAGUGGCAUCGAAAGGUUGGCUAUCUGAAUACAACUCAGUUAUAUUUGGUGCUGAAAUAGGCAUUCUGGCUCCUUUGCGCUUCUUCCAGUGUGUUUUCCUUGAUGCUCCCAAUGGAUAUGGGCCGAUGUCAAAUGCCUUAUCAUCUCUUCAAAGCCCUGCUGUGAGCCAAGAUCACCACAAGCAGAGUAGCAAAUCAGAGAGGAAGGUCAGAGCUCCAGGACAGUAGGUGAAUAGAUAACAAAGUUUACAUGGAAAGUUAUUCUGCACAUUUUGUGCUGGUCCUCCUGGUCUGCCUCCAUCUGCAGAGCUGUAAACAUGGAGAGCACUGUGAAGAACAAAGCAAUUUACUACUGAUGGCAAUUGCAAAAGAACAGGAAUGAUGAUCAGUUUGAGUGGAACUCAACCUUAUUUAGGACUGGAAAACUGAAAUAUCUAAUUCCUUCUAUCAAAUCUGUGGUGCUAUAGCAUUAAAUUGCAACCACACACCUGCAUUUUCAGCUCCCUUGUCUCCUGUAGCUUUUGCAGGACUUUUGGAAAUUCCAGGAUGUGUUGGUUAAAAAUGUUUUUCAAUUGCUUGUAAAGUACAACACUUCUGCACUUCUGUAACUUAUUCAAUUCAAUCCUCUUUGUAUUGAAGAAUGAUACCUGUCUAUAUAAUGUCCAGAAGAUUUACAUUUUUAUGUCUUGUUAAUUUUUUUUUUCAGAAUACUUUUUUGCCUGCAUCAGUUGUUGUGGCUUCUGUCUGUGUAAUCUGGAUAUUGUUGUAGUCAUGGUGGCCCUUUCAGAGAACCAAGGCAAUGUACUGUAGGAUGUACAGAUUGUGAAGCAUUUCCAAUAAUUGUCAUUCUAUGACACAAAUGCCAACGGGCAGUAAAGGUGCUCAUCCACAUUUUCAAUGUGGCAGAAGUGUUGACAGUAUGCACUGAAGCAUUAGUUCUAAAGUAGAAAUUGUUGGAAAACAGAUUGUUUUUGUGGUACUAAUCGCCCUUCAGCAUUCAAAAAUACUGUUGUGAUUAACUGCCGGCUUGAAGGCUUCAUACAGAGCAGAUGCACUCUGUUAUUUAGUCAGGCUUGACUUUCAGAAAGCUUUGGUGCAUCUCAUCUGACAGUGCAUGGACCUUUGGAAGCAACCUCACUUCGGCAACUGUAUUUUUAUAAUCUGCGAUGAUCUUAGAAGAAAAGAAUAGAGUAAUCAGCGUGGCUUUAAUUAUUUUUCAAGCAUGUGGUACCUUUUGUGGACAAAUUUCACAGACCAGUUUUGGGCAAUUGCUGAGGAAGCACAUGAGGGAAAGAUGUGUGGAGUCUGGAAGUCCAUGGCUUAAGGAGAACUGGUGUUCUUAUAACCGAAUGCCAGCAAGAAUCUUAAAAGCAAGCAUUGUUUUAAUACGGGUAAUUGCAUUUGACUUCAAUGCAAUUAAUGCAGUGAGUGGUUUGAAUAUUGCUUUGCUCCACCUUAAGUCCAGCGAAAGUAACACCAAACUCAGAAAGAUUCAAGAGCCAAUGUGAUAUUAGUUAUACUUUCAUUGGCUGCUAAUCUCUUCAGGUGCUAUAGAUUUUUAUUAAGUCAUUUGCUUUUUUCUAAAGAAAAUGCGUAACAGAAUUGUCUGGAUGUUAACAGUGUUUGCACUCAAUGCUUUUGAUUUUUGCUGAAUUGUUUUGUAAUUUCAAAGCCAUAUGGAAAGCACAACUGACCUGAAACUUCUCACCAUUAGUGCAAAUUCAUAUCUGAAUCUCUUUGUUUUUGUACAGAGAUCUUAUAGAUAUUAUUAUACUUGCAAAUAAAUUGCUUUGUCAUCCUCUAGUGUAAGUGCUGGAGCAUCAGCGUUACGGUGCCAGAGUGUGAGUCCAGAGAGAAAUUAUGUUCUGGGCCCUACACCAGGGUUCUGUGGCUAGAAUUCAGUAAGAUAACCCUGGUCUUGAAUGGAUGAAAAUAAGAUAUGAAAGGUUUUUUUCAGUUUUAGCAAUCUAUUAAGAUAGAAGGUACAGAAGGCAGUUGAACAGAAAUGGCUUUUCGAAGAUCAGAACUUUAAAUAAAUUUGGUAGCACAAUGUCAAUACAGAACAAAUUGUGAAUCAGAAGAACCCUGACUGUAACCACUGGCAAGCUAUUUGUACUCUUUCCCAAAGAACUCUAAGUAUUCUGUUUGGAUUCAGAUUACUAGUCUGUGUCAUUUGCAUUGGGAGGUGAUGUCUGAUUUUCUCAGAUGUGAAAUGGCAAUAUGUUACAAAGGACAAAGCUUUCCAAUUGCUGGAGUUAUCCUGCCCAAUCCAAUCCUCCAAAACAGAUGGAUACAGCUCUUUGGAGUCCACAGGGAAGGAAGGAGCAUUUGAUAUUGGCAACAAGAUACGUUUAACAGGAAAAGAGCGACUGGAGAAUAUAUUUUUUAUAACAGAAGUUGGAGAAGUUCAGCUGACAUUAUACAUAGGAUAAAAUUUGCUUGUAAGUGCAAAUUUUAGUGAAGAGUUCCAAUUGGCCCAUAAGGUUUUGGCAGUUUAUUCAUCAGGGUAAUGCGAAAGUGUAUGUAAGGGGCAAGUUAGAGGCAGGUUUUAAUUUCCAGAGCUAAUGAACUAAAGAAUGAAAGAGGCAUACAGGGCUUUUGCAAUGUGUUACACAUUUGUUCCAUUUUAGAAUUUGUGGCUGAGAAUUUAAGGCUUAUAGUUGUUCAUUUGCCAAAAGGUGCAAAUGCACCUGCUGAUCAAAUUUCAAGAGAUUUGCUACAGCAGGCUAAAUGUUACUUUACAUGAAUUUAAAUCAUGAAGAAGAUUAAGACACUAAGUGCUUGCCAAAGAGGAGCUCCAGCUAUACUCUUAUGUUGACAUUCAAAGUGAAUGUAAUGCCCGACAUACUGUGUUGGUUGAAAGAAAUUCGGAGUAAGAACAAUAAUGCAGACUUGUUUCAAUUGAAAGGCCAUCCCAAUAGUGGAUAAAGCAUCGCUUACAAGUUUGGGCAUUUUUCAAUGGGUUUUAGAUAGAAUUUAAAACCUUGUCUUUAUUUUUGAGAUUUCCUUAUGUCUUAUAAAAGUAAAGAAAAUCUGCAAGUUACUGGCUCUAAAUUGGGUCAGUCCUGUUUGGUAAUAUAAAUUAUUAGUCCUCUGUGGGAUCACUUUCAUCGGCCUAAGCAAAGGCUUAAGAAGGUUCCUGAGGAACCUUCUUAAGGGAACUGGGACUGACAUAAACACAAUUAGUCUGUCCAUCCACCCUCUUAACAGGAGAUGGCAGUAUCAAAAAUUGGCAUAAGUUCCUGUUAUAUCUACUGAUACAUUUGCUCUUAACUUGCAAUGAAAUUUCCUAAUAUUUGAUUUAGUCUAAAUAGGAGUUAAAAAUAAAGUUGAUGAAUAGCUGUUGGAAUUAAAAGAAAAAAUCAGUCUUGCAUUGAAGGUUUAAUUUUUUUUUAACUUCAUUCAAAUAUAUGCUUAAAAAUUCACUUAAAAAAUAAUUGGGUCAGAUAGUAUUGGAUUUAGCCACUGUGGGAAUCACGCACCAUCGUGCCUACUAACUCCACUAACAAGCUGAGGAUGUCAAUGGCAUUGGACUGACAGUUGGAGAUACUUAAAAAAUUAGUCAAAUAGAUUUAAUAAUUUAAACAUUAAAAGCAUUCAAAAUAAAUUAAAAAUAAACAUAAUUAAAUGCAUUGAACCAUUUAAAGUAAUCUGAAGCAUUAAAGUAAAAUAAAGUUGAAUAAUGGAAGCAUUUAGCUGUAAUUAUCUUUAGCCACUGGGCCAGAGACCCCAUAGUAAAGAUCUACAUGUCAUUUCAGACUUAUGUAUAUGGUUCAGCAAGUCCGAAACGAACUGAGCCGUGAGCAGCCCAUGGUGUGUGUUUCCCUCGGGUGGUACAGCUCACGGCAGUUAGUGCUGUGGUCGUAAGUUCCAGGGACCCGAGCUCAAUCCAGACACCGUCAGUAUACAAUCUGCACAUUCUCCUCAUGCCUGCGUGGGAUUCUGCUUGGUGCACUGGUUUCCUCCCACAUGCUCCAGAUACGCAGGAAGGUUCAUUGCCUCCUGUAAAUUACCCCCAGUUAAUGUUAGUCGCAAAAUAUUCCGAAUCAGAAUUAGAUUUAUUAUCACUCACAUCUGUCAUGAAAUUUGCUGUUUUAGAAGAAACAUAGAAACAUAGAAAAUCUACAGCACAAUACAGGCCCUUCAGCCCACAAAGCUGUGCUGAACAUGUCCCUACCUUAGAACUACCUAGGCUUACCCAUAGCCCUCUAUUUUUCUAAGCUCCAUGUACCUAUCCAGGAGUCUCUUAAAAGACCCUAUCGUAUCUGCCUCCACCACCACCGCCAGCAGCCCAGUUUUGUGGCAGCCGUACAGUGCAAGACAUAAAAUAUACGAUAAAUUAUAGAAGAUAAAUAUAUAUACACACAUCAUAAUUAUGUGCCAUGUUAUAUGACAUAGAUGAUCAUGAUCCCAUGACCAUAAUUGUUCUUGGCAAAUCUUUCCACAGAAGUAGUUUGCCAUUGCCUUCUGGGAGGUCUCUUUUCAAAUGGGUGGCCCCAGCCAUUAUCAAAGCUCUUUAGAGAUUGUCUGUCUGGAGACAGUGGUCGCAUAACCAGAAUUUGUGAUAUGCACCAUCUGCUCAUACGACCAUCCAUCAUCUCCUCCCUUGGCUUCACGUGACCCUAAUCGGGGGGCUAAGCAGGUGCUACACCUUGCCCAAGGGUGACCUGCAGGCUAGUGGAGGGGAGGAGUCUCAAAAAACACAAAAUACACAAAUACAUGAAGGAGGUAUUGCUAAAAGAGACCAAAAAUAAUAGUGAGGUAGUAUUCAUGGGUUCAUUGUCCAUUCAGAAAUCUGAUGGUAGAGGGGAAGAAAUUGUUUCUAAAACGUUGAGUGUGUGUCUUCAGUUCUCUUGCACCUCCUUGUUGAUGGUAGCAAUGAGAAGAGGGCAUUUACUGAGUGCCGAGGGUCCUUAAUGAUGGGUGUUCCUUUUUGAGAGACCGUUUUGUGAAAAUGUCUUCAAUAGUGACAUUGAUGAGCUAGUGAGAUAGAGAAUGGGAAAUAAGAAACCGCGGAAUGGAUUAAUGCACACUGGAUAGGCCAAAUAAUUUCCUUCUCUGCCAUUAUAUGUGAAUGACCUACAAAUUAGGAUUGCUUUUUUCAACCUUUUAUUAAUAUUGGAGACUAUGGCAUACAUCUCAAACAUGUGCAAUAAGAUAAGUCAAUAAUCAUGAAUAGCCAGCUCAUAUUUAUAAUUCCUGCAAGAGUAAACUAGAAUGCUGUUUCACUAAUAUCCACUUCAACCAGGUCUCUAAUUGCAGCAUUGGUUAUGAAAAAAAAUCUAUUCAUAGGCAGGGAUCCACAGCACCAAAUGAAAACUAAUAAUAAUUUUAAGAGCUAGGGUCUGAGGUACAACUCAAAAUAGGAAAGAGGUUGAGAGAUUUAGAAAGAGAAUUCUAUCCCAUAUAGACAAUGCCAGCAGAGCAAUGGUCAAAAUUGGAAAAGCAUAUAUGAGUAAUGGUCUUGUAACAGAUGCAUGAGAUGUCCAUUUCAUAUAGUGCUAGACAAAGGGAAUGAUUGUUCCUUUCAUUGUGUCUAACAUGCAAAAAUGAGAGCCUGAAUAUUGUGAACAAAUUGCUGGAGGAACUCAGCAAGUCAGGGGAAUAAGCAGUUGAUGUUUCAGGCCUAACCCUUCAUGCGGACGAGAAAGAAAAGGGAAAGGAGAUAGAAUAAGAAGAUGGGGAGUGGGAAGGAGUACAAACUGGCAGAUGAUGGGUGAAACCUCGUGAGAGGGAAGAUGGUUAGCAGGGAAGAGGGGAUAAAGUGAGAAGCUGGGAGGUGAUAGGUGGAAGAGGUAAAGGGCUGGAGAAAAAGGAAUCUGAGAGGAAGACAGUGAACCAAGGGAAAAAGUGAAGCAGGUGGGGUACCAGAGGAAGACUGAUUGUCUUGCAGGCAUUACCCCCCUAUCCCUCUAUGGUCACCCAAGCAAGUUGUUUUACAGGUAGACGGUCCAACUGUAAAACUUCGACUUUUAAUUAACAAAGCCAUUCAAUGCUGAUAUGAAUCAUGCCACCUCUCCAUCAUCUACCUCUACUGCCCCUCCAUCUUCCCUUUCUUCUGUAGUCCACUCUCCCGUCCUAUUAGAUUCUUUGUUCUGCAGCCCUUUAUUUCUUCUACCUAUCCCCUCCCAGCUUCUUACUUCUUUGCCCUUCCCCCCACUCACCCAUAGUCCCCUUCACCUGAUCUAACCUCUCACCUGCCAGCUUGUACUACUUCUCUUCCCUUCCCAGCCUUCUUAUUCUAGCAUCUAACCCCCACCUCCCACUUCCUUUCCAGUCCUGGUGCAGGGUCUCAGCCCAAAAUGUCGAUUCUUUAUUCCCAUCAAUAAAUGCUGCCUGUCUCACUGAGUUCUUUCAGCAUUUUGAGUGUGUUGUCCUGAACAGUCAACAUCGGCAGAAUCUCUUGUGUUUAUGAGGCCGAAUGUCAUGCAUGCAUUAAACACAUCCAGCAGUGGCAUUUGUUGUUUGACCAUUUGGAGGGAAUAGAAUUCUUUUUGAAAUCUAAUUAAAGUGGUACAUUAGUAUAAAGUGCAUUGAAUGAGUCAAAUUUUCAUUCUUGUGAGUCAAAUACACAAUACAAAAGUCAAUUUUAUUGUUAUUUAACUCUAUACAUGUAUAUAAUGACUAUAACCCUAUAUUGUACUGUAUACAGAAACGAGACAAUGUUUCUCCUUACCACAGUGUAAGGCACAGUAGUACACAUACCACACAAGGUAAGGAUAAAAUCUACAGAUGAGUCACACAUAAUUAACAAACUAAAGUGCAUAGAUUAAAUAUGUAAAGUACGGAACAGGUUAACCAGUGACACUUCGAAUGCGAUGCGGCAGGGAGUUCAGAAGCCUACUGGCCUGAGGGAAGAGAUUGUUUAUCAUCCUUGCUUUUGUGCACUGGAGUCUCCUGCUUGAUGGUAGAAAGUCACAGAGGAUGCUGGAAGUACAUACUAUUGCAUCUUGAAUUACAACAUAUAGAAAAGGAAAAGUAAAAAUGUGAUCAAUGAUGCUUCUGUGAAUCUCAAAAACAUGCUGCAUAUCUCUUGCUGAGAUUAAUUCAAGGGACAUAAUGCCACCACUGCAGGGCAUGGUGAAAAAUAAAUCAGAUGCCAACACCCAGCCACUCAUCAGUACCUUGGGCAAAAAGGAGAACAUAUGUAAACUAUUGUUCAGCUAACUGUAUAAUAACUUGGAAGCAGUUUUCAGUCAUGGAACCCAAAUAGAAUUAUCCUUCUAGCUAGCUGAAAACAUUCACAGUGAAGAAAAUAUAUCCUGCUGAAAGGAAUGAACACAAGACAAAGCUAACACAAUAGUUUAUUCACCGGAAGACUCAACAGUUUCAAUUCCUAGCCAGUUAAAUUAUUCUCUUUAUAGUUAAGCAAAAGUGUUUACGUGAUUAAAUUUAUUUGAAUUCUCAGAUAUGGUAAUUAUUAUAAUUGUGAAGAGCUGCUGCACCAAAUUAAUGUCAACAGAUAAUGUUAAAAGUAAUUGGAAUUAAAAUAUUACUUUUAUAAUUUUGCUAUAGUUGGUAGUGAGAACUUGUUACUACUAGAAAGUGACUUGAUAAUCAAAUGAGAUGAUGGAUAUUUAUCUCUAAGUCCAAGAAAUUCUUAGUUUGAGUCACAAGAGAGGCAAGUGGUCAGGUCUACAUAAACUUUACCACUGGACUAAAUUAAGAACAACAACAAAAGUAAUAAACAGACAAAAUAUUCACAUAGAAAUCUCUUCACAGUUAAUCAAAAUUUUUGGAGUGUCUUCAGAAAUGUUAAGAAAGGGAGUUUUGGAGGUUCACUGAAGGUCAUACAAGUAGAUUGGCUGAUGUUGAAUGUUGUUCAGAAUCCUGAAGAGAUCAAUCACUGUCCAUAUUGCAGAACUCAGUGAUCAAAGGGUAAAAUAAACGAUGACUGAAAAUAUUGAUAUCUAUUAAAAUGCGACUCAUGACUAUGGCAUCCCUUGGUUAUGGACUGAGCAAAAUUUGAUUAUGCACUGCCUUAAGUCUUGGAAGUAUGUUACUGUAUUUUGUCUUCAAAGUAAAUUUCAAUUACUGUACAUAACAUUAUUAUUUGGAUAUUUCUUAUAUAGAGUCAUAGAGAAGUACAACAUAGAAACAGGCCUUUCUGCCCAUCUAGUCUGUGCUGAACCAUUUAAACUGCCUUCUCCUAUAUGUCUACACCUGGACCAUAGUGCCCCAUGUCCCUGCCAUCCAUGUACCUAUCCAAACUUCUCUUAAACGUUGAAGUCGAGCUCACAAGCACCACUUGCGCUGGCAUCUCAUUCCACGCUCCCACUAUGCUCUGAGUGAAGAAAUAUCUCCUCAUGUUCUCCCUAAACUUUUCCCCUCUCACCCUUAGCCCAUGACUUCUAAUUGAAUAUUUGUAAGAACAAACUGACCACUGUAUGCAACUAAAAGCAUACAGUACAAAAUCUAGAAUGACGUUCCUCUCUAAUGAAUGAAUGACUAAUUAAAUUAACUUUUAGUCUUUUCAGCGCCAGCUCAUUAAUUAUUCAUUAUAUUUACCAGAAAUUGACUAUUUUAAAUGAAAUACCAUGUUUCUGUAUCUAUAACAUAAGAGAUGGAAUUUCAGUCUGUGUUCUGCCAUAGACAAUCUGUAUACCUCUGGAUUUUCUUUUUAUGUAAGGGCUCUUAUUGAAGUGUUUAAUGAAUUUCUCCUGGUUUUUCAUGAUAUAUUUUGCCUUUGGGGUUGAUAUAUUAAAUCAAUAUUGUGAUUCCUUCAAUUCUGGAAGAAAUCAUGUAUUGCUGACAAUAAUAAAUACGUGAGGUAUUAGCCUAUCAAAUGG